GCAGACUAUUUGCAGAGAGACAAUCAGCAACCAGAGCUGAGAAAGGAACGGCUCAGCCUUUUCAGCUCAGCUUCUCAGCCAGCCUCUCUCUCUCUCUUCAGGGUUAUGGGGAAAAGCUGGCAACCUGAAAAAAAUGUCUUCCUUCUCCUUUUGCUAUCUGCCCUUCUCAGGACCACUCUAGCUGUUCCCACCCCCAGACUGCAAUAUGUAGUGUUGGUGCCCAGCACGAUCCACAUGGAGACCUCUGAGAAUUUCUGCAUCCAGAUGAACCAUCUGAAGGAAACACUCACCUUGACCAUCUUUCUGGAAUAUGGUAGUCAGAAUUUGAUCCUGAAUCAAGUGACGGUAGAAGAGAAAGAUGGAUUUCGGUGUGUUCAUUUCCAGAUUCCCAGGUGGAGCAACAUUUCACCCCCAUCGGAAGCCAUCCUUGUGGUGAGAGCAAAUGGGUUAACCCAGAAUUUCUGGAGCCGCAAAAAAGUGCAGAUUCAGCAAGCAAAGCAUCUCCUUUUCAUCCAGACGGACAAACCAAUCUACAAACCGAAGCAAGAAGUUCAGUUUCGCAUCGUCUGUAUGGAUAAAGAUUUCCGUCCCAUGAAGAGAAAGUUUCCAGUUGUGUACAUCCAGGAUCCCAAAAACAACCGGGUGUUCCAGUGGAGAGAUGUGGAGGUUCCGAUGGGCAUAAUCCAGCUUUCCUAUUCUCUGUCUUCCGAUCCCCGCCUGGGCAUCUACCAAGUGGUGGUAGAGAAAGACUCCACAAAGCUUGCUCAAUACAGCUUUGAGGUGGAUGAAUAUGUUCUGCCCAAGUUUGAGGUUUUGGUGAAGGCCCCCAAGCUCAUCCAGGUUGUAACUAAGGAGAUAGAAGUCAGUGCGUGUGGCAGGUACACCUAUGGGAAACCUGUGCCCGGCCUGCUGAAGCUGCGCCUCUGCCGACAACCCAAACAAUCACCUUUCCAGUGUAAUAGUGGUAAAAGUCUGUGUAAAGAAUUUGAUGGCGAGGCAGAUAGGGACGGCUGUUUCUCCAAGGUGGUGGACACGGAGGACCUUCACCUGAUGUGGCUUGGUUUUUCGAUGGACAUCACUGUAGAAGGCAAAAUCACAGAGGAAGGCACAGGGGUGGAAUCGAAUGGCACAGAAUCCAUUGACAUCACGUCCACAUUGAGCAAAGUUAUCUUUGAAAACCCAGACCAUUACUAUAAACCCGGCAUUCCCUAUGUUGUGAAGGUGAAGCUGGUAGACAGUACCGAGUUGCCUAUGGGCAAUGAAACAGUGCAGCUUUCGAUAACGUCAAGAAAUCAGCAGAUGACUCAAGUGACGGAUGCCGAGGGGCGAGCCCAAUUUUCCAUAGACACCACCGAUUUCAGAGGUGACCUUUUGACUCUUAAGGCUACGUAUCAAGUCCAUUCUUGGUGUGGUAGCCUGCACUGGGUUACACCCCAGCACAAGGAGGCAUUUCACACAGCGAACGUGGUUUAUUCUCCAAGCCAAAGUUACCUACAUAUUGAGCCUGCGUCAGAGAUUCUAAGCUGCGGCCACCGUGAGCCAGUUCGAGUGCGUUACAUCCUUAACCGAGAUGAUGAGACGGAGGACAAGAUUAUCUUCUAUUACAUGGUCAAGGCUAAGGGGAACAUCAUACGAACAGGGACACACAGGCAGCCAGUGGAACAGGGAACAGAACCCAAAGGGGACUUCCUUUUGAAUCUCUCGGUGGAUGUUGACACGGCUCCCAAGACCCGCUUGCUCGUCUACACCAUUUUGCCCAGUGGAGAACUCAUUGCUGACUCAAGAGAUUUCACCAUAGAAAAGUGCUUCUCUAACAAGGCCAGACUGUGGUUCUCUGAUCAACAAGGCCUGCCUGGCCAGAAAACCCAACUCCAUCUUUCAGCCUUCCCCGGUUCCCUCUGUGCCAUCCAUGCCGUUGACCAGAGUGUCUUUCUCUUGAAACCUGAAACCGAGAUCUCCCCCGAGAAGGUUUACAAUUUCCUGCCCAAGAAAGAGCACAUCGUCCCCGAUGACUUCAUUUUGGAUGAAACCAAUCUUCAUCCCUGCCCUGAAGAACCAUUCAGGUCUGAAAAUAUUGGCUUUGCCCCAUUGCAUCAUUUUUCCAUGGAUGGGGAUUCUUACAAAAUAUUCAGGGACUUUGGCUUGAGCAUUUUUACAAACACCAAGCUGCGCAACCGGCACAUCUGCUUCAACCGUGGGAUGGUGCCUGAGCAUUUACCGAUACCUGGAAUGGCUGCUAUUGGUCAGGGUUUCGCUUCCCCAGGAACUGGGCGCAUGCCAUCCUCUGGAGCUGGUUUAGCUGUUCAUUUUGGUCCUCUUCCACAGCUUCCCACUCCUCAGGUUGUGGCUGCUCCUGAAAGGACACCUCGCCACGUUUUUCCUGAAACAUGGUUGUGGCGCCUGGUUAUGAUAAACGAUUCUCAAGGAAGUAGCCCUUCUCACCUCCUUGGUUCUGGCAGAAGGAGGGAUGUCUCUAAAGAAUCCAAGGAGAUUGUUCUUCCUGUGACCAUCCCGGACACUAUCACCGAAUGGAAAGCUGGAGCUUUCUGUCUUUCAGCAGACACCGGCUUCGGCCUGGCCCAGCCCGCUUCUCUGACGGCCUUCCAGCCAUUCUUCAUUGAACUCACUUUACCCUAUUCCGUGGUGCGAGGAGAAGCCUUCCCAUUCAAGGCUACAGUCUUCUCCUACCAGGAUUACUGCAUCCGGGUCAGAAUAUCUCUGGCUCCUUCUGCUGACUUUGACGCAUCCCCUAUGGAGAAGAAGGAGGAUUCCUAUUGUAUCUGUGCAAGCGGAAGAAAAACAGUGCCAUGGAUGGUGACCCCUAAAAUUCUAGGGGAGAUAAACAUCACAGCAAGUGCAGAGGCCGUGAGCUCAAAUCAGCUCUGUGGGAAUGAAGUAGUGGAGGUGCCCACCAUGGGAAACAAAGACGUCAUGAUCAAGUCACUAUUAGUUGAGCCUGAAGGGAUCGAGAAAGAAGUGGUCUUCAACACUCAUCUCUGCACAGAUGGAAAACCUAAAUCCGAAUCUAUUCCUCUGACAUUACCGGAAAAUGUCGUCGAAGGCUCAGCCAAGGCCUCCUUUUGUGUGCUGGGAGACAUUCUCGGGGGAGCGAUACAGAACCUCCACCAGCUUCUCAAGAUGCCCUACGGCUGUGGGGAGCAGAACAUGGCCCUCUUUGCCCCCAAUAUCUACAUCCUGAACUAUCUCAAAAAGACUGGACAACUGACCCAGGAGAUCAAAUCCAAGGGCAUCAGAUAUUUAGUAGCUGGCUAUCAAAGGCAACUGAACUACAAGCAUCCGGAUGGUUCUUAUAGCGCUUUUGGGGAACGUUCAGAGGAAGGGAACACUUGGCUGACGGCUUUCGUGCUGAAGUCUUUUGCUCCAGCGAGGUCCUUCAUCUCUGUGGAAGAAAAGCACAUCAUCGAUGCUCAGAACUCACUGACACUGAGGCAGGAGACAAAUGGAUGCUUUCGGAGCACAGGGUCUCUUUUCAACAAUGCCCUCAAGGGGGGAGUUGAUGACCAGAUCACUCUUUCAGCUUACAUCACCAUUGCUUUGCUGGAAGUGCCGCUAUCUCCCUCCUUCUUUGUGGUGGAAAAUGCUUUAGUUUGCCUGGAGAAGGCAUCUGAAGCUAAAGAGAUCCACGUUUAUCUCCGGGCUCUGUUGGCAUACGCCUUUGCUUUGGCGGAGAAAGAGGAGAAGAGGCAAGAAAUGUUGGACUUCCUUCUAAAAGUAGCUGUGAAGGACGAGGACGGCUCCAUCCACUGGGAGAGGCCUGGGAAGCCAAAGCAGAGGUCCGAUUUUCCAUUCUACUCACGUGCUCCCUCUGCUGAGGUAGAGAUGACUUCCUAUGUGCUCCUUGCUUGCCUGACCAAAAAUACAACCCCGUCCCAGGAAGAAUUAACUAUAGCAGCUGCCAUUGUCAAAUGGUUGCUCAAACAACAGAAUUCCAACGGAGGAUACUCCUCUACACAGGAUACGGUGGUGGCUCUCCAGGCCCUCAGCCAGUACAGAACAAUUACUUAUUCCAAGGAUGGCGUCGAUGCCAGAGUGACCUUGAGUUCAGGAGAUGCUGUCCUGACAGAAUUCCAGGUCAACAGCAACAACUCUCUGCUGCUCCAGUGCCAGGAGCUGCCCCAAGUGCCAGGGGACUACAUGGCUGAGGUGACCAGUUGCAUCUUUAUGCAGACCACCUUGAAAUACAAUGUCCCUUUGCGACAAGAAGAUGCACCAUUUAGGCUGGAUGUGAAGACAGUUCCUGAGACUUGCACAAGAGCCAAAGCUCACGUCACUUUUGACAUUGCCGUGAAUGUCAGUUACACUGGCCAACGUCUGGUUUCCAAUAUGGCAAUUGUCCAGAUUAAGAUGCUGUCCGGAUACAUCCCGGUGAAAUCCAGUGUAAAAAAGCUGGAAAAACAGAGUCAGGUGAAGAGGACUGAAGUGAACAUUAAUCAUGUCCUGCUAUACUUGGAGGAGGUAAGCAACACAAUCCAGACUUUCUCCUUUACAGUGGAGCAGGAGACACCCAUCCAGGACCUGAAGCCUGCCUCAGCGAUUGUCUACGAUUACUAUGAAACUGGUGAACUUGCUACAGCCGAGUACACUGCCCCCUGCAGUACAGAUGACAUCAAGGAAAUCUAUAAAGUCUAAGGAUUCAGCUCAUGUUUUCCGGAAUAGCUCAGAAAGAAUGAAUUUCUGGGAAACUAAGGAGGAUCAUGGUUUUAUAUAUACUAACAUAUUAAACGCUAAAGACUAAAAAUUGGUUGUAAUACAUUUUUUGAACUGUAAGCCCACCCAGAGUGGUUGACUGAAGUGGGUGGCUAUAAAAAUUGAAUGAAUGAAUAAAUAAAUAACUUUUUUCAGGA